AUGCCCAAUUCUCCUGACAUCCAAAGGCGUUGUCUUCGCGUUCGUAGACAAUCUGAAUCUAGUUUGAACACUACACGUGUAUCGAAUUCAAAUAUUCAGCAAAAAAGAAGAGAAUCGACAUCCGGCGCCGUGAAUGCGAAAAAGAAGCGAAAAAGAAACAGUUAUCAACACAAAACGACCCAAUACAUAAAACCGUGCGACAAAAUUUUCCACUGGUCCAUUCGUGAAGUGGACGAGAGUUCUUACCUCGAAGAGAAGGGCUUGAGAUUUUCCGGAGCAGAGAUCAAGUUAGAAGAGAAACGAGUUGAGCUGGCUGUUAAAACAGUUUUAAAAGAAAAGGCUGAUUUUGUUGAAAAAGAAUUUGCAACAUUAUUCCUUGAUGAUGACUCGGAUGACAUCGAUUGCUCCUAUCACUUGAGCGAGGAUGAAGACGUAGCAGACAAGGCCCAUUGGUGA